UGUCCACGGUAGCAAAAAUGCAGUUUUUGUGCUGAAUAUUAGCGGUAUUUUGGGGGAAACCUGACUCGAGCGUUAAAAAUCAGCACUGGUGACAAGCCGGGAGCACGUGCAGGCGGCUAGUUAAUACUAAUGAGUGAUAUCCUGCAGCUGUGAAGUGAACAUGUGCACAAGUUAUCCCACGCCACUUUACUCCCACGCUGGACGAGGAGACUUCCGGGAUGUUUACGAGCCGGCGGAGGACUCUUUUCUUUUGAUUGACGCUCUGGAGAAAGAUGCGGAGAGGCUGCAGCUGAUGAGCCCAUGUGUGUGUUUGGAGGUGGGCAGUGGCUCAGGAGUGGUGUCUGCAUUUCUGGCAUCAGUGGUUGGACCCUCAGCUCUGUACCUUUGCACUGAUGUGAAUCCUGCUGCAGCACAGUGCACAGCAAAGACAGCAUCCUGUAACAAAGUGUCACUGCAGCCUGUCAUCACAUCCCUGGUGGAGUGUCUUCUGCCUCGCCUCAGCGGGAAAGUCGAUGUCCUUCUCUUCAACCCUCCCUAUGUGGUCACCCCUUCAGAAGAGGUUGGCAGCAGGGGUAUAGAGGCUGCCUGGGCCGGCGGUGAGCGAGGGCGCGAGGUGACCGACAGAUUCCUGCCUGUGGUAGCACAGUUGCUCUCCAGUAAAGGGUUAUUUUACCUCAUCACCAUCGCUGAGAACGAUCCGGAGGAGAUCAUCUGUUUACUGGGCAAAUGUGGUUUGAGGGGAGAAUCGUGCUUGUCUACAAGAGCUGGAAAUGAGAGGCUGUCCGUUCUGCGCUUCCAUAGGCGCUGACAAACAUGGAACUGCUACUAUGAAACCCGCUGAAAAAGGAUUACAAGAACUUUGGUGGACUGAUAAGAGUAUUUCUACAUUAAUAAAAACAGAAUUGCCACAACAUGACUCCUUGCAUUCACCCAGGCAGGUUUAAUAAUGAAGUUUCAGCUAUACAGACAAAAAUCCCUAAUUAUACUAACAUACAUCUGGACAGCAUUACAAGUACGGCAUGUAGGACCUCCAUGAGUUAUAGGUCAACUCUAGUGCAACUAACAUUUCUCAGAAGAUAAAAUUGGAAUGUGUUUUUUUGUUUCAAGUACGAUGCUUCUUUACACAAAUUUUUUGUCUAUGUAUCUCAUGCCAUGAAGGAAUCUACUAAAUGGACCUGACAACCUAAAAAUAAGGAAAGUUUGGGGUAGUGGUAAAAGUGGUAAAGUGAAUAUCUUGAUUUUUGUUAAUGUUUUCUAUAAUAAAACCAGUGUUAAGUAACAGGA